UUCAAAUUCAGUUUCGUUUUGGACGGAGAUUCUGCUACUGCUUACUUUGAUGGUGUUUUUGUCCUCCUCCUAUUGGAGGUUCGAGACCUGGCUUUGCUUUGAAAUUAGGGUUAGAGAUUAUUUUUAUAUCUUCUAGAUUUAUCGAGCAUGUCUCCUGCUAGGACGCCCGAGGGCGAUGAUGGAGUCCCAUAUUCAUUCGCUGUUGAGUAUAACGGACCGCCGGUUGCCUUCGAUCUUCCCAAGGCUGUGCCCAUAAGCGUUGAGAAAAUCCCGGUGGCUGCAGUGGUUUCUCAGGUUCCCUUAUCAGAUAAACGAUCCUUGCCGGUUGUCCACCGCUCUUGGCGCCGGAACCUCCGAGGGGGAGAUUCUCGCUCGUCGAAAGAACUAGAGUUAGGUUCCGAAAGAACAGUGUCCCCAACUUCCGUGAUUGCCUUUGAAGAUAGUGUUACGCAGGGUAAUGUGUGUGAGUUAUCGGGUGAAUUGAGUAGCUCGGGAGCAUUUGAGUUCUCGAAUGGGAAUUACGUCUCUGGUGAAUUGUCGGACGUGGCGGUCAGCUCCAGGGUGCUAGACUCCAACUCUAUUAGUCACGAACACUCGCACGAGUUACUGAGGGAUUUUGAUUGUAAUGAUUCAAAUCAACAAGAUUGGGGUUCCACUGAGUCUGUGUUGAGUUUAGAUUAUCCGUCCUCCAGGGUUUAUUCCUUAAAGACUGCGGAUUGUGACAAUGAGCCAGAUUGUGAUUCUAUACGCCCUCAUAUUGUUACAUUCAACGUCGACUCGGAUGACGCUUUAAAUGAGGAAUGCGAAGAAGAGAGUGAAACAAGACCAGUGAAAAGAGAACCUCUAACAAAGGGAAAGAAAGGGUCAUGCUAUCGAUGCUUGAAAGGAAAUAGAUUCACUGAAAAAGAAGUUUGCCUUGUUUGCGAUGCAAAGUAUUGUAGCAAUUGUGUGUUAAGAGCUAUGGGGUCAAUGCCUGAAGGACGUAAAUGUGUCACUUGCAUAGGAUUCCCAAUUGACGAGUCAAAACGAGGGAAUUUGGGAAAAUGUUCUCGGAUACUCAAACGACUGCUUAAUGACUUGGAGGUUCGACAGAUAAUGAAGGCGGAGAGGUCUUGUGAAGUAAAUCAGUUGCCAGCUGAAUACAUUUGUGUGAAUGGAAAUUCUCUUUCUCCUGAGGAACUGGUUACUCUGCUGAACUGCCCAAAUCCUCCGAAGAAGCUUAAGCCAGGAAAUUAUUGGUAUGAUAAAGUAUCUGGUCUGUGGGGGAAGGAAGGACAGAAGCCUUCCAGAAUUAUUAGUCCCCAUCUAAAUGUUGGGGGUCUCAUCAAACCGGAUGCCAGCAAUGGAAACACUCAGGUUUUCAUCAAUGGUCGAGAAAUAACAAAGGCUGAGCUUCGAAUGUUGCAGUUGGCAGGGGUUCAAUGUGCUGGCAACCCACAUUUUUGGGUCAAUGAAGAUGGUUCAUACCAAGAAGAGGGACAGAAGAAUACAAGAGGAUAUAUAUGGGGAAAGGCUGGAACGAAGCUUGUAUGUGCACUGCUGUCUCUCCCUGUUCCUUCAAAAUCGUCAAAUUCUUUCGGAGAACAAAUCACCAAUCCGGUUAGCAGAACAGUUCCCGAUUACCUUGAGCAUGGAAUAGUUCAGAAGCUCCUGUUAGUUGGUUACAGCGGUUCUGGAACGAGCACUAUUUUUAAGCAGGCCAAGAUUCUGUACAAAAGUACCCCUUUCUCUGAAGAUGAACGUGAAAAUAUUAAACUUACCAUUCAGAGCAAUGUCUAUGCCUAUCUAGGCAUACUUCUAGAGGGUCGUGAACGUUUUGAAGAUGAAUGCCUUGCAGCUUUAAAGAACAGGCAAUCUUCUGCAGGAAACACCGCAGGAAACUGUUCAGAUUUUGACGACAAAACAAUUUAUUCAAUUGGCACAAGGUUGAAAGCAUUCUCUGACUGGCUGCUCAGAACUAUGGUAUCAGGCAAACUUGAUGCUAUCUUUCCAGCUGCUACUCGUGAAUAUGCACCAUUAAUUGAGGAGUUGUGGAAUGACUCUGCUGUCAAGGCUACGUAUGAAAGAAGAAGGGAAUUAGAAAUGCUACCCAAUGUGGCCAGUUAUUUCAUAGAGCGGGCCGUUGAGAUAUUGAGGCCUGAUUAUGAACCCUCAGAUUUGGAUAUUCUAUACGCUGAGGGAGUUACUUCAUCCAAUGGGCUUGCUUGUGUUGAGUUCUCAUUUCCCCAGUCUGCUCCUGAUGAAACUGUUGAUACUGCUGACUUGCAUGAUUCUCUGACAAGGUAUCAACUAAUAAGAGUACAAGCAAAAGGAUUAGGGGAAAAUUGCAAGUGGCUUGAGAUGUUUGAAGAUGUGGGAAUGGUCCUUUUCUGUGUUGCCUUGAAUGACUAUGAUCAGUAUUCCCUUGAUGGAAAUGGUUGUCUCUGUAACAAGAUGAUACUGAGCAGGAAGUUUUUUGAAACCAUCGUCACCCAUCCGACCUUUGAUCAGAUGGACUUCCUACUGAUAUUAAACAAAUAUGAUCAAUUUGAGGAGAAAAUAGAACAAGUUUCAUUGACCCAGUGCGACUGGUUCUCUGAUUUUCAUCCGCUUAUUAGCCGACAUCGCUCGAGCAGCAACAGCAACAGUAUCAACAGUAGCCCUUCCCUUGGUCAGCUGGCUUCCCAUUACAUAGCAGUCAAGUUCAAGAGGCUUUAUUCAUCGCUUACUGGGCGGAAGUUGUAUGUAUCCCUAGUGAAGGGUUUGGAGCCUGAUAGUGUUGACGUAGCACUCAAAUAUGCUAAAGAGAUUUUAAAGUGGAAUGAAGAGAGACCAAACUUCAGCGUCAGUGAGUACUCGAUGUAUAGCACUGAGGCGAGUUCAUUCUCUCCCUGAUUGCUAAUUGAGACGGGAAUUCUAAGUCACAUUUGACUUGUUUAAUGCCCUUUUGUACAUACAUAUAUUUCUAACGAAGAGUAACAGGGAAGCGCAUUCCUUCCGCACACUGGUGUUGAAAGAUGCGCUAGGCGCCUGUAGGUUUCCCGCGGUUCAGCCAUGUCCUCAAGCCCCGAGGUUGAGGUUGGGGUGUAAUGUUGAUUUUUUUUUUUUUUUUUUAACAUGGUAAAGUAAUAUAUUGAGGUUUGUAUUUGUAUAUUUGAUUGAUAGGCAGGCUCCUCUCAUUUACAAAUUUGAAUACCAAAUCGACUUUCGUCCAUUAAUAGAUGAGGUAGAGUCGUAGACAAUUCGUGUUCAGUAUUUUGAUUGAAAUAUUAAU